AUGUUACUUUUCUUCAAAGAUACGAUAUUAGUUUGGGCAGCACAACUUCUACAAAAUGCAAUUCAAGUUCGAUUAUGUACUUUUAGCUCAGUAUAUCGUUCAAUGCUGGUAAUUUUAUCGAAUUCGAAAAUAUCUGUUAGUUAUUUGGGUACUGAACCAUCGUUAUUUCGUCUUCCAGCACCACAAACGCGCUUCAUUGAUUUCCAACAGCGUCACAAAGAAUUCAUUGAACUUGAAGCAUUAAUACAUAAAAAGCCACUGGAAUCAGUUGAAGGUACUACACCAAAAAAUUUAUUAACAUUGAAUUGCUCAUACGAUGGCUUAGAUUCUAAAUCGCGAGCAGAAAAAUCAUCAGAAGAAGUUCCAUCUUUAACGUUAAACAUUAAAUUAUUGAGCGAAGUACAUUUACUUGAUGUCAAAUUGGUAUGUUCAGCAGCAUUUCACAUUGAACAUAAAUAUACAUCAUUUCCUGCCAUUGAUAGCUCACAAGAAUUAUCAACUGGUGUGUACGUUUUACAUCAACCUGUAUAUGAUUUGCGAUGUAAAUUUUUUGCAUUCUCUUCACAAUUUGGUAAAGAAUUGAAAAUGCCUUUAAAUUUGAUGUGUCGUGCCGUAAGCACUCAACGAAAUGCACGAUACAAAAUAACCAUCGAAUCAUCAUUAUCUGCUCUCGAUAUAACACAAUUAUUUCCCGAAUUUGAAGCUGAAAAUAAUACAGCGGUUGGCUUUCAACCAUAUUUAUCAGGAACGGUUAUUUCAAUAUUUGCCUCUCAGAAAUACAAGCGAUAUCGAAUCCAAGCUGAAAGCCUAAAUUUCAUUUAUUUAUUUGCCGAUGAAUUAAUCACAAGGAUACAUGAGAAACAACCGGAAGCAAAACUGAACUGUACACUUCCAUUUGAUCAGAUUCUUCAUGAAAUUAAUGCAUACGUUGAGCAUGAAAAAAGAAAAUUGAAGGAAGAAAAAGAAUUAGAACGCUUCUGCACUCUUUUACGUAACGUUCAAGCAACUAUAUUAACAAAACUAAAAGAUGAACGACCAACCGAAGUGGAUCAUAUGAAUACUCUGUUAAAUUAUACAUAUCAACAGAUACUAUGUUGUGUAGAUCGCUUAGAACAGUUAAAUGAUACGUUACGUUCGGCUGCUUUAUCAUUAUCAGCUGCAUUGAAUCUGAUACAUUUGAUAACUUCCCUUAAGGGAAAUCCAUUACCUCUGGAUGGUACGAUUGUCAAUAAUUCCGGACAGUCGGUUUGGGAACGCAUCAAAUGGGCAAUAUCAACAUUUAAACCGAUCGAUUUAAAUACUAAUUUGACAUCAAAUGAUUUAAAAUAUUUAUUACAAAGUAUUUCUGAAGGUAGUUGUGGUACAAUGGAUUAUAUACAUGAAGACAGCAAAGAGGAAGAAGAUGAUGAAUCACAACAAUCUGAAUCAAUUAUUGAUCCAUUAAUUUCCGGAAUACCGUGUACAAAAGAAGGUGCCAAGAUCAAUUUGGCAGAUGUAACACGUGGCUUGGUCACGUCACCUUGCUAUCAUUGCGUGUGCAAGAAUGGUACAAUAGCAUGCAUAUUAGAAAAAUGUGAAUCGUUGAAGAGUUGUCCAACAGUAUGGGAUCGUAAUAAUAAUACAUGCUGUAUAAAAUGCUUGCAUUGCAUUCAUUUGGGUAUUAAACGAAAUAAUAAUCAAAUUUGGACAAGUACACAGGAUGAAUGCACCCAAAUUUCAUGCAAAGCUGGGAUCAUAACAAGUUGGCGGAUUCAAUGUGUAUCAAAUUGCUCAAAUAAACGUUUGUUGGCUGGAUUUUGUUGUGAAUUAUGCUUAACACCAAUAAAAGCUGAGGAUCGAUGUAUUCGAUGUGAUUUGGUAUUAAAUCAAUGGUAUCAUUGUUAUCGUUUUACUUGUCCUGUAUUGAAUUGUCCAAUUUCUCAACAUACGAAACAUCCCAAGAGAUGUUGUCCGGAAUGCAAAAGUCAUACUGUUAUUUCGAAAGACUCAAAAUUGACAGUGUCAAACGGUUCGCAUUGUUUGUUUCGUGGAUGGCACUAUUCCGUGCACGAUACAUUUCGUACAGAUCCAUGCUCACGUUGCACCUGUCAGCCAGGCGGAAUUGUCUGUCGAAGAUUUGUUUGUCCAUUCAAAAAUUGUGACAUAUCACACAUAUUUUAUAAACCGAAUGUUUGUUGUCCAUUUUGCUACAGGAAAGAAAAUCGAUGCAGAAGAACUGAUAUCAAUGGAAGUGAAAUCAUUGUAGAGCAUGGCACAAAGUGGACAUUGAAUAAUAAUUGCUCCAAUUGCAUAUGUACUAAUGGAUAUAUAAAAUGUAAAAAAAUUGAUUGUACAUGGAAAGGAAAAUGUCCACAAGGACGACGUUUCAAAAAAGUGAAUGGAUCAUGCUGUCAUGAAUGUGAGCUAAAAGAAAGUUCAUGUACUAUAUUUGGUGAUCCAAAUUAUGUAACAUUCGACAAAUUUGGUUAUUCAUUUCAAGGAACGUGUAGUUACGUUUUCACGCAGGAAUGCUCGCGUAAUGGGAUUGAUCCACAGUUCAAAAUAAUUGGCGUAAACAGUGAACGAUCAUCGUUUACGCGGAUACGACGUGUAAUUAUUUACAUUUCACUUUUCAAUGGAACUUACUUCACCGUACAUUUAUUACCAAAAAAGGUUAUACGCGAACGUACGAAAAUAAUUACUAUUCCAUAUGUUCGCUACAGUGAUUGGCCAGAAUAUCGAGCUUUCGAGGAUCCUUCCAAUGGACAUAUUGUUGUUUCAUUUAAAUUAAUCGGUUUGAAAGUAAUUUGGGAUGGGGAAUCGUUUGUUGAAAUUGUCCUCACCAAACGACAUCAAUCCAAGGUUUGUGGUUUAUGUGGCAACUUCAACGGUAAUCCCAACGUUGACCUGAUAUCUCGUUAUGCCACCUCAUCAAGUCACUCUAUAUCACAUUUUGCGCAAGAUUGGAUAAAAUGCACACGAAAUCAAACAAAGAAACAUUUCCUUUCCAAUGCACGAUUUACAUAA